CAUAUGAUUGUAAUUUGGAUUCCGGUUUCUGGGUUGUGACUUGUGCAUGCAUGCAAUAUUUUAUACAAGGAGUCUAUUAAAAGAACUAGAUGCAUUGACUAUUCAUUUCCAUCUUACAAACACUACAAUUUAUUUAUGUAACGAUAAUUGUGUUAAGUGAACGUAUACGUUUCGAAGAUUGUUCUCUGUACAAACAGUAACAAUUGUUAAAACAUGUCUUCAAACGGGAUUGUUUUGGUUCUUGUAAGUAUAUUCUAUAUUGGACUAGGACUUCCUGUGAGUAACACAAACCACACACAAGUUAUUUCGGGUAUUGAAAAUGAUGUACUUAAUUUGGCGAAUAGCUGUGAAAACUUGUUUUUAGUAGAAAUGAUGAAAAACAAGAUGGAAAACUGUAAAUUAAUCAGUAAAAAUUCAACAAAAACAGAUUACGAAUGUAAAAUGUUUUAUGAUAUAAACAAUCAAUUAUGUACUGCAUUCGGACGAUCGGAAGUGGAUUUAGAAGGAAAUUUUAAUGCCAAAAUGAGUAUCACUCAGAACAUUGAAACAAUAUGUGAAGAUGCGAAAAAGUGGAAACCUACAACAGUGUACAAACAGGAGUUGGAAAAUUUGUUCAACAAGUUUUCAUUAUGCUUGCAAGUUUGCAAUGUUGACGGCAUGGUUAGUGAAGAUUCAAACUUUUUCUGUAAGUAUUAUAAAUGGGGUUCAGAGAUAUUGUUUAGGCAAGCAAAUGCUGCAACACAUUCAAGUAGUGUGGUUGUUCCAACAAGUUAUGACAGUAAAUCUGAAGUUAAACCUGUUGUUUCCGAAACAACGAAAAAUAUUGGUAGUUCUCAAAAAACCAACAUAGAACCACAAGUGAAAGAAAUGAAGCAGUCUGAGCAAUCAACAAAAUCAGCCACCAGACCAUCUCCAAUUGAACCUGUGCUCCUCGAAGUAUCAAAGGAUAUUUCAGCAUUGCAAAAACCCGAAGUUAGAGAAAAUAAUGAUGAUAAAUCAGUUCCUCCUUCAUCUAAGAGUGAAUCUCAAAAACCUGUAGAAGAACCUGCCUUGAAAUCACCUCCUGAAAAGGAAAAUCAAGAGAAACCUGUUAUUGAAAAUCCCAAACCAGAUGUGCCUCAUGAUCUUGUUGACGAAACUGACAAUGAUAUGGAAAAUGACUUUGGACCUGGUGAACCUUUUUCUGAUCAAGAGAACAUGGAUGAGGAAAUGAAUGCAGACCCAAAAAUUGAAACACAAAAAUCAAAAGAAAAUGAAAACAUAAAUAAACUACCCCUUACAUCAUUUAAUGUUGAUAUCGGACAAAGAGAAAUGGUAUAUCCUAACACAAUUCAGGAUACAUUUGUAGAGGAAGAUGACCACUUCUUCCCAUUCUUCUUGACAACAGUUGUUCUCGUUGGGCUCUUGUACGUUUUGUACCAUAAUAAGAGUAAAGUCACUAAAGUGAUUUUGGGUUUGAUAGUAGAAGGCAGGCAAUCAAAUCGUAGAAGGAACAGCCGAGGCCACGCCUACAAGCGCUUAGACACUCUCGAACAAGCUAUGAGCACUAGCAGUACAGCACCACCCAGCAAAAUCAUAUACUGAAUGCAUUCGUUUAAACAGUUUUACUACCAGCAUCUGAAAAUUUAAUAAUUAUGUACUAUACAGUAUUCUAUGUCUGAUUUACUGUGAAUGAAACUUUUAGAAUGCAUAUUUCCUGUUUACUAUCGAGGAGCAUUACUGAUUAUCAGUUACAUUAUGUUUUAUAAUUAUUGUGUUUAUAAAUUACUAUAAUAUUUUCUCGGCUCAUGCUAGGCAAUGGUAUUUAACUCAUAGAUAUUAUAUUUAUUAAAUUGGCAACUGUACUAUUAUUUUUAAUUUUAGGAUUAAUAAAAUAUUCAUAAUUUAUGUGAUAAAUCAAACUGAAUGCCUGAUGAACAUUAAUUUUUGGUAUAACGCAACAAUUUUUUUAUUGUAUCUUUCUAGUCUUAAUUCCAUUUUACAUUGCAUAUAACUUAAUACAGUGCGUCUUUUGAAUUGAAAUUUAUGAUUAUCAACUAUCUAUUACACUUGGCAAUGAAUUAGUACGAAAUAAGAAGUACAAUAUAUUAUAUGUAGUAGAGGUUAUUAGUAAACAUUUUUCUCUUUAUACUCAAUGAUAUAACUAUUGUUGUGUGAUUUUAGUAUUUAUUUAUUGUUUUUUUUAUGAUUGAGAACAAAAUUUAAGGUGAUGUGGAUCUCCGUAGUUAUUCCGUUUUAUUAUAAGUUAAGUUAUCACAGUUCUGAAAUUCAUAAUCAAUAUUUGGUGUAACAAAUAUUGUUGUGGAAAUAAACUCUUUUGUAAAUUUAUUGCUCUUGUCUAAGAGUGAAUAAUAUUUACAUAUUAUUAAUAGUUAUAAACUAGUAGAUGCUGUUCAAAAUUAUUUUGUAAUCCAAGUAGCCAUAGUUAUAGGUGUAAUAUUAAGGAUUUCUUUGCUUAGUUCUUUUGAUUUUGUGUCCUGAGAUUCAGUUCAUUUCAAAAUUGUAAUUUUAGUGUAAACUAGAGCUUAAAGCAACGUUAAGUAUAUAAUAUUUUAUGUUUCUACCUAUUUGUACUUCUAUUCACAAUAAAGAUUCGAAUACA